GCCGGCGCGCCGCCAUCCUCCUCCCACCCCGCUCCGGCCAGGCGGGCGGGCGGCGGCGGCGGCCUCUCCUCUCUCUGCCCCCCAUCCCGCGCUGCUCCGACGUGCAGGGAGCUACGCUGGUCAUCCACUCUGCCGCCGCUCCUUCCACCCCGGCCCGGCGCCACCUUCCUCCCUCCCUCGCUGGCCUGGCCGGAUCCACCACCAGCCUGCUCUGCUCCCCCGCCGUCCCUCGCACCGGCGUAUACAAAUCUGAGGAGGGCCGCGCCUUCGCCACCAUUCGUUCGGGCAUCACGACCGCCGGCACAGGGAUCUGAGUCCUGAAGUUCUUGAAAAAUGAGUGCAGGUGGCGCGUUCGGUGGAAACAGGGGGGCGAGGCCUGUACCUCCUGAAAAAGGUGUAUUCCCUCUCGACCACUUGCACGAGUGCGACCUGGAGAAGAAGGAAUAUCUUGCCUGCCUGAAAUCGACGGGAGCUCAGUCUGAAAAAUGUCGGAUGUUCUCGAAGAAGUACUUGGAAUGUAGGAUGGAGAGGAACCUGAUGGCAAAGCAAGAUAUGGCAGAGCUUGGGUUCGGUAAUGCAGACGCCGUGGUUACGUCUUCUGAGAAGGACAGCAAACUGGAGAGUCCAGCGAGUGAUUCGGAAGAGAAGAAAUAGCUGUUUAACAUGCAAGCCAGCAAAAGGAUACUAGAGCAUAACCUGUUUAAUUCGGCAAGUUCUACACUCGGGCUAGAUUUAACGUGGAAUACCUCGUAUAUUCUUUUACUAGUUUCUCUGAUAAAUUAAGCCGUGUACCACAGGUGGAGAAAGUAUCAGUUUACAUAUGCUCUUUUUAAUGCUUUCAUAGGAUUUUUUUUUGUCCUUUGGAUCAGCUGGACGGUACUAAAUUUUUUCUAAGAAUUGUCUGUUUUUCUA